CAGCAUAUCAAUCAGACUUAACUGAAAUCGGUUAAAAAAAACCACCAAGAAAAAUAAUAAUUCUAGAUGGAGUCGAAUGUCAAGUCUGGGGCAAGGAAUUAACCAAAAAGAGCAUGAAUAAGUAAAUGAAGAACCUUCAUCCGAGAACAGCAGGCCUUGAAUUCAGUUGCAACUUUUGUAAAGAGAAAUUCAACAAGAGGGGAAGUUUAAGGAUACUCAUGUCAGUAAUCCAUCCAAAUUAGGUUACAGCACUUGAGCUUGAGCAAUUCACCUGCGACUAUGACGGCAAAGUCUUUAAAACUCAAAUGGGAAUACAAGGACAGGAGGUCCAUACAGACAACAUAUUUCAAUGCGACUUUUGCAUCCUCUGUGUCAAGACGAGUCGAGCGCUUAAAACUCACAAAAGAGAUCAUGAAUGUGGAACUUUUAAAAAAGCAGUUGAAGCAAAGUUGAAGAUUCACAUCAAGACAGUUCAUGAAAGACCGACCGAAGUUGUGUCUGUGACGUGUGUGGCAAAGAGUUUAAAUGGACAUUUGGAAAGUUAUCGACAAAGUCACGAGGAAAAGGAAAAGAACUUUAAAUGUGGCAAAUAUCCUUGGACUUUCUACAUCAGUUCUGCACCAUUUUUAUGCGGAAACCGCUUUUGAACCAAAAACCUACAAAAGUUUUGAGGUUAUGUUACAGAUUUUCUUAGAUUAUGUUCCAAGAUCUUUGAGGAUAAG